UGACGUCAGAGGAAGUGCCUGACGCCGCGGCCUGUGGUUGAGAGUUGCUGGAGUCGGUAUCCGGCGCUCAAGGUUCGCCGGACCGCGGGCGGCGGAGCAGGCCGGGGGCAGCGGAGUUUACUUUAGGACGAGCGGCUUUGAACCUCUGCGCCCGUCUCCGCCGGCAGAUACCAUUGUGUAGUUUGAAUCAGGAAUGAAAUAUUCUGAAAGCUGAGAGCAGAAACCUUCUUGAUCAACAUGGAGGACAAAAGACGGCGAGCCCGAGUGCAGGGAGCCUGGGCUGGCCCUGCUAAGAGCCAGGCCAUUGCUCAGCCAGCUCCCACUGCUGAGAACCAUCUCCAACAGAGACCUGGCCAAACCUGGAUGAACAAGGAGCAUCGUCUGUCUGACAGACAGUUUGUGUUCAAAGAACCCCAGGAGGUGGUACGCAGAGCCCCAGAGCCACAAGUGAUCGAUAAAGAGGGUGUGUAUGAAAUCAGCCUGUCACCCACAGGCGUAUCUAGGGUGUGUUUGUAUCCUGGCUUUGUUGACUUAAAAGAAGCCGACUCAGUAUUUGAACAGCUUUGUCAGGAUGUUCCCUGGAAACAGAGGACUGGCAUCAGAGAGGAUGUAACUUACCAGCAACCAAGACUUACAGCAUGGUAUGGAGAACUUCCUUACACUUAUUCAAGAAUCACUUUGGAACCAAAUCCUCACUGGCAUCCUGUGCUGCUCAUGCUGAAGAACCAAAUUGAAGAGAACACUGGCCACACCUUCAACUCCUUGCUUUGCAAUCUUUACCGAAAUGAGAAGGACAGCGUGGACUGGCAUAGUGAUGACGAACCUUCGUUGGGGAGGUGCCCCAUCAUUGCUUCACUCAGUUUUGGUGCCACACGCAUGUUUGAGAUGAGAAAGAAGCCCCCACCAUGUAUGGAGAAGGUGCUGUGACUGAUCGAACGUGUCAAAAGUGGUUUUCGAAGUUUCAUGCUGGAGAUUUCUUGCUGGACGAUGCUCCACAGUUGGGUAGACCAGUUGAAGUUAAUAGCGAUCAAAUCGAGAUGUUAAUUGAGAACAAUCAACAUUAUACCAUGUGGGAGAUAGCCGACAUACUCAAAAUAUCCAAAUCAAGCAUUGAAAAUCAUUUGCACCAGCUUGGUUAUGUUCAUCGCUUCGAUGUUUGGGUUCCACAUAAGUUAAGCGAAAAAAACCCUGACCGUAUUUCUGCGUGCAAUUCUCUACUUAAACAUAUGGAAAUGUUCCAUUUUUAAAAUAAAUUGUGAUGGACAGUGAAAAGUGGACACUGUACAAUAAUGUGGAACAGAAGAGAUCGUGGGGCGAGCAAAAUGAACCCCUGCCAACCACACCAAAGGCUGGUCCAAAGGUGAUGUUGUGUAUAUGGUGGGAUUGGAAGGGAGUCCUCUAUUACGAGCUCCCCAGAAAACCAAGUGAUUAAUUCCAACAAAUACUGCUCCCAGUUAGACCAACUGAAAGCAGCACUUGACAAAAAGUGUCCAGAAUUAGUCAACAGAGAACGCAUAAUCUUCCAUCAAGAUAGUGCAAGACCACAUGUUUCUUUGAUGACCAGGCGAAAACUGUUAUAGCUUGGCUAGGAAGUUCUGAUUCAUCUGCUGUAUUCAUCAGACAUUGCACCUUCAGAUUUCCAUUUAUUUCGGUCUUUACAAAAUUCUCUUAAUGGAAAAAAUUUCAAUUCCCUGGAAGACUGUAAAAGGCACCUGGAACAGUUCUUUGCCCAAAAAGAUUAAAAGUUUUGGGAAGAUGGAAUUAUGAAGUUGCCUGGAAAAUGGCAGAAGGUAGUGGAACAAAAGGUUGAAUACGUUGUUCAAUAAAGUUCUUGGUGAAAAUGAAAAGUGUCUUUUAUUUUUACUUAAAAACCAAAGGAACUUUUUGGCCAACGCUAUAAUUUCUAAGACACCUUUUUUAGGACAAGAAAGGCGCAAUUACAUGAAAAAUCUACAUAGAUCUCAUACAGUGUGACGUUUCCUUUCCAGUGAAAAGAAAAACGUUUAGAUUUCUUAUCUGUUGGGUGGUUUGUAAUGAUAUAACAAUAUACACCCAGGCUUUUUUUUUUUUCCUAAAUAGCAUUUUAAAAAAAAUUAUUUAUUUGGCUGUGCCGGGUCUUAGUUGUGGCACGCGGGAUUUUUAUUUGCGGCGUGUGGGCUCCUAGUUGCGGCAUGUCGCAUCUAGUUCCCUGACCAGGGAUUGAACCCUAGCCCCUUGCAUUGGGAGUGCGGAGUCUUAACCACUGGACCACCAGGGAAGUCCCUAAAUAACAUUUUUCUAAAAGAAACUGAAUAGGCUGAGAUCUUGGUGAAAGUUAUGGAACUUUGGAAAACCCCAGUAUUCACUGGAAAUUAUAAUUAAGCAUUCAGAUGAAUUGGCUCUGGUUGAGGAGGGAGUGAGAAUGUUAACAUUAAUAUAAAAAAAUUUUUUUUUGCUUUUUCCAUCUACUUGUGAGGUUUCAAGUGUGUGGAAAACCAAGAAUAUCAACAGCAAAACCCACCCUGUAGACUGACUGUGACCCUAAAAGUUUCUUCUAUCUGGGAUCAGGAAUGGAAAAUUUUAUCCUAAGCCAUGGCUUUUUAAUGGGUGUGUUUUGUUUUGUUUUGAAGAAAGACCUGAGUAAAUCAAAAGGGUUACAGAGCAGUGUUUGGGUAACUUAACCAUGCUUAAUGGCCGUGAGUGCAUUCCUCUAAACAGUCUGAACUGUGCUUCCACUGUCGCUUAUCCAUUUAUCAACUGAGCCCUUAUGCUGAGCCUCAUGAGCUCCUCUGGCCUUUUACCUGCUUCCUCAGUGGAAAAAGUCUCUGUGUAUCUUGGUUAAGUUAAAGCGUGGCUCUUUGGUCUGUUGCUGCUCUGGUCUCGGGAAGGAAGUAUUCGUGAGCUCUGUGUUGCCUUGAUAGAAUCCCCUGCCCUCCCUUCUGUCUCCUGUGAAUUGGGAAUGUACUUCCUAAGCCAAGGGUGUUGGAAGGAACGAAUAACAAGCAGCAAAGUAGUGACAUCACCUCUCGCUGUAAGUGUGCUGGUAUCACUGUCUCCUUCAGGGACUGAUGAGAGUAGCCCCCUGCCAAGUGAAGGCUCACCCUCUUUUGCCCUUUGGUACAACUAAUGGUUAUACUGGAUGUAAUGUGUUUCAAACCAACCUGAGGCUUUCUCUCAUUUGAAAACCUCAGAUCUUAGGAAUAGUGAGGGAAAUGUGGCUCUGUUGACCAUCACUUUCCGUCCAUGCUGAUGUUUCCCUCUUGCAUUUGGAAUUCUCUUUCACUUGCUGGGUCUACUCCUGCUUCAUGUUUCCAGGUAGAGUUACAGUGCUCCCCUCUUCUCUUCCACUGGCCUUAGCGCUCCCUCCUCCCCAAUAAUGGGUUUUUUUUUUUUUUUCAUGUUUGGAAAACUGUAAGUAGUUCCAUUCAUUUGGAGCACAGCAUGCCCGUGAGAGAGAUGUAGGAGCUGAAACUAAAGAGAAGGAGCAUGCAAGUCAUCAGGAGCCUUGGGUGCCAAGCUAAUGGAUUUGAACUUCAUCCUGAAACCUUUGGGAUGUCAUUAAAGUAUUUUAAGCAAGGGAGAGGAAUUCUGAGAUCAAAUUUGCAUUUUAUUACAGUGGCUUUGUCAGAGCAACACUGGAUGAGAAAAUGCUGGCUCUUAACUUUUCUAACUUCUCCAAAUUACUCCUUACACGUGCUCCCUGGUCUCACAGACCUGUGUACACAGGAUGGGGCUUGGUUUCUUGGCCUCUGGGCUGUUGCAUAUACAAUUCCUUCUUCCUAGAACAUGCUUUUCCUCCGUAGUGUAUUUUUUUUCUUUUUUUAAAUUGAAGUGUAGUUGAGGUACAGUGUUAUCCCAAUAAUGUUUUAAUGUUCUAAGAGAUCUUCAUCUCAGGAUUCUCUUCCUGUUGUGUUAAGUGUCUUUCCUGUCCACUGCACUCUCCUGUCUUAGUGUCUGUGCUUGGUUUAUAGAUUAAGGCCCCGUUGUACUUCUGGAGUAUAUAGAGGGCAGCAACAGUUCUGUUUCUAGCUGUGUUGAACCUUGAUCUGGUAACUGACUUUACAGCCUAAAUCAAGGAGCCUUGAACCCUCUGAUUUCAUGAACGAUGCACUCCCUUCUGAUAUCUUUUCUUCAGUAGAACAUACAUCUCCUCUGUCUGGAAUACUUUUUUCAGAGAGCAACCUUUUGCUUUUCUGAGAUGGAGCUGGGCUACCUGAGGACAGGGUCACCUUCCCACUGGUUGGCUGAGGGGUCAGAGGUAAAUGUUUUGGUGCUUACUUAUUACUGGAAGGCAAAAGGUGGCAGACACAAAAUCAGUCACUGAGACCAAAAGUUAUUUCAAACAUUGUGUAUAUCUUCUGCUUAUAAAGUUAUGACAGUGCUUGACAAAGUCACUGCCAAGGGCUGGGGGCGGGAACCUAGACUGUUUAUGGAAGUUCAUUUUGUUUUGAUUUUGAUUUUCCUGGGAGAAAUCAUUGUAAACAGUUACAUUCUCAGAAGCACCCCUACGAUAAUAAACAUAAACACAGCAUUGCAGUGAAAUUAAUCCUGUAGUAACCCAAAUGUAAUCUCAUGCGUUGGAAGUGAAGCAGAUGAAUGGACGAAUCUGCCCGGAAUGGAGGUGAAGAAGUCAGGAAACUUGGGUCUGUCCCUGUCUCAGUUCUUGACGUGCUCUUUGUUGCUCUGAGCAAGGAAGUUGUUUAAUGUGCCCCUGUGACAGCGGUGGAGGAGGAGUGACACCACCUGUUGGCCAUAUUGCAGCCCACCCUGGGAGGCUUCAUUAUGGUGUUGGACGUGAAUUGACUUUGAGCUCUGGAAGAAAGGGGCAAUGUAAAUACAGGCAUUUGUAUCCUAGGUGCUCCGGAGUUGCAAUCCAUUCUCAAAGGCUUACACAGCCAGUCUCAGUUUAGCAACACUGUUCUGGUCACAGCAGAGCUCCCUUCUUUGAGAAAAUCUUGUUGUUGACUGUUCUGGAAAGAAACAAGAAUAUAUCUCCAAAAUACCAAAAUAGCUAUCGGAAGAGUUGUGACUAGUUUUAACAUAGGUACCAAUUAGUGAAUUAGCAUAAAUUAUGAGAAGGGGGUCAAAACUCAUCACACCAUGUCUUGUUUGAAAGCCUAUUCUCCUAACACUAUGUCAAAACACAGGGCACAGAAUAAGGCAGAUGUAAAGAAUUAUUGUAUACAUGACUUUGAAUUCCUUCAUAGGCCAGAAUGUGCUUUUCUGCAUUUUGAAUGCUGAUAAUACUAAUACUAAUAGCUGUUAUGCUGUACCUAAUACGUACCAGUCUGCAAGUAAUUCUCACAUAUGUAAGUUGAGGCUCACAGCAGCCCUGUGUGGCAGGUACUCUCGUCAUCCUCAUUUUACAAGUGAGUAAAUUCAGGAACAGAGAGGUGAAGUAACCUGCCUAAGGCCAGUCAGCACCAAGUGACAGAGCCAGUCUGGCUGAGUGGAGGCUGGCAUCUCUUCGACCAGUGUCAUGUUCUG